ACUACCUUGUGCAAGUGAUUAUUUUGCAAAAUAUACAGAAGGAGAAGGGUGGGUUGCGGGUGGGCAUCGGGUGGUCGGUUUGUCGAGGCAAGAAAAAAACAUAAGGGAGAGGGAGCAGCACAGGGAGGAGAGAGAGAGAGAGAGAGAGAGAGAGAGGCUAAAUGGAUUUUCAUUAAAAAAAAUUAUUUUUUUAUCUAUUUAAUCCACAGGUCGCAAUGUGAUUGGAUAUGUGGGCUCCACUUAUCUUCCACAUCAAAACAUUUAACAGAAUUUGUAAUGGAAAGGAUCAAUUGUGAUUAUAAAAAAAAACACCCUAAUGUUAAGGACUAUUAAUGUCACAAAAAAACAUCAAGGAUUAUUCGUAAUAAUUAUGUAAACAUCAUGAAUCAUUUGUGAUAAAAAAAAGCAUUUUUUUUUAAAAAAAAAGCAGUUUUAUCUUGAUUUACCAAACACUUUUUCAUUCAGAGUUUUAAAAUCACAGGAACUCCAAACUAAGCCUUAUAAAUACAGGUACAAGUCUACAACAAAGUUACACUCGGAAGUCCAAAAGAUAACUUAGAACGACUUUGGUGAAGGUCUCAAUAAGCAGCAAAUAUUCUUGUUAUAGAGGUUUAUAAGAUUGAUGGCUAUAGGAAAUUUCUCAUUACUUGCUGCUGCUGCAAGAAGGCUUGAAGGUAAAGUGGCCCUAAUCACUGGUGGGGCGAGCGGCAUAGGAGAGUCCACUGCAAGACUCUUCUCAAAACAUGGAGCUAAAGUUGUGAUUGCAGAUGUGCAAGACGACUUGGCUGAAUCUGUUUGCAGAGACCUAAGCCCUUCGCCCACUUUGUUUGUCCAUUGUGAUGUAACGAAAGAAGAAGACGUCGAAAACGCUGUCCAAACAACCACAAACAAAUAUGGAGAGCUAGACAUCAUGUUCAACAAUGCAGGUAUAAUUGGCACGAAUAAACCCAACAUCCUUGACAAUGACAAGGUAGAAUUUGAGCAAGUGAUAAGGGUAAAUCUAGUUGGUGCGUUUUUGGGGAUCAAACAUGCAGCUCGUGUUAUGAUCCCAGCUGGAAAAGGUAGCAUAAUAAACACUGCUAGUGUUUGUUCUACCAUCGGGGGUUGCGCAUCACAUGCAUACACAAGUUCAAAGCAUGGUUUAGUAGGGCUGGUGAGAAACACGGCCGUGGAGCUUGGACAACAUGGUAUUCGUGUGAAUUGUGUGUCACCGUAUGCAGUUGCCACGAAGUUAGCAAAGGAGUUCUUUAAGAUUGAUGAUGAUGGAGUUCAUGGUGCUUAUUCCAACCUUAAAGGUAGGGUUCUUAAGGCAGAAGAUAUUGCUGAAGCUGCUCUUUACUUGGGUAGUGAUGAGUCAAAGUAUGUUAGUGGGCAUAAUCUUUUGGUAGAUGGAGGCUACACUAUUAUGAACGCAGGGUUUUGCAUGUUUGAACAAGCUUGAGAAAAAUGUUCAAUGUAAUAAGUUGGCAAAAUAAAUAA